AUGCUUCAGCUCUCUGCCUUUUCGUUUUUCUUUUCGUUGCUUCUCUUUUUGUUCAUUCUGGUUAAACUGAUCUCUAACAGACAUGGAACAAAAAGGUUCAAUCUUAGGCUGCCUCCAGGCCCGAAAAAGUUGCCAGUUAUUGGAAAUCUGCACCAGAUGUUCGGUGAACUACCGCACCAUCGCCUAACCAGCUUAGCAAAAACAUAUGGUCCGGUUUUCCAUCUCCAACUCGGCGAGCUUCCCAUGGCAGUAAUUUCCACUCCUGAAGUAGCCAAGGAGGUCCUCAAGACCCAAGAGCUCACUUUCGCCGAGAAGCCGCUGCUUCAGGUAGCCAAAAUCACAAGCUACGAAAACUCGAGUAUGAUCUUCGCCCCAUAUGGAGAAUACUGGAGGCAACUCCGCAAGAUCUGCGUUCUAGAACUUCUGAGUGUUAAACGUGUGCGGUCAUUCACAUGGGCGCGAGAUGUGGAGGUGAACAAUCUCAUCAAACACAUCGAAUCAUCGUCGGGUCUCCCUCUUAAUCUCAGCGAGAAGAUCUUCGCCUGCAUUAAUUCCAUCAUUUGCAAGGCGGCUUUCGGUCAAAACUGCAAACAGCAGGAUGAGUUGAUCUCAUCGAUUCAGGAGGUCGUGAGGUUGGGGAGCGGGUUGAGCCUAGCCGAGCUCUUCCCUUCCCUACCGUUUCUAAUUUACAUUAACGGGAUGAAAUAUAAGUUGGAUAAGGUAAAGCAAAAGUACGAUGAAAUCUUGAAUACUAUUCUUGCUGACCACAAAAUGCAACGAGAACAAUGCUUAGCUAGGCCAGAAGAUACGCUGGAUAAGGAAGAUUUAGUCGAUGUGCUACUGCGUCUCCAGGAGUCUGACGAGAUUGGGUUUCAUCUUACCACGGACAACAUUAAGGCCGUCAUCUUGGAUAUGAUUGGUGCGGGAAGCGAGACAUCAUCAUCAACGAUAAUAUGGGCGAUGUCGGAAAUGCUCAAGAACCCAAAGGUGAUGGCCAAAGCCCAGAAUGAGAUCCGGCGGGUUUUAAAGGGAAAGGGCUGCGUUCGAGAGUUGGAUAUCGAAGAACUUAAUUACCUAAAGUGUGUUGUCAAAGAAACUCUCAGAAUGCAUCCACCAGGACCAUUGAUCCCCAGAACAGCAAGGGAAGGAUGCAAGGUGGAUGGCUACGAUAUUCCUGUGAACUCGAGAGUCCUGAUCAAUGUGCAUGCUAUAGGGAGAGAUCCAAGAUAUUGGACAAACCCGGAGAAAUUCGAGCCGGAGAGGUUCAUCGAAUCUUCAGUGGAUUAUAAGGGGAUGCACUAUCAAUUGCUCCCUUUUGGAUCUGGUCGGAGGGUCUGUCCUGGCAUUGCAUUUGCCUCAGCCGGCUUCGAACUUAUACUAGCAUCACUGUUAUAUCAUUAUGAUUGGAAGCCAGCAAAUGGGCAAGCGCCUGAACAACUCGACAUGACAGAAGUUUUCGGUGCCACAGUUGGGAGAAAGGAUGAUUUGUACGUGAUUGCUUCACCAUUUUCUUUAAUUUCAGCUUGAUAAAGAAGGCUUG